GGAUCUAUAAUAUUUUGUUGGAUUUGAAUGGUUGUUUACAAGUAAUGUCUCCAGUUACGCUUAGAAAUGAAAACAAACCACAACUACCCAAUAACUUAAGUAGAGGUAAAUCACAGAAGUCAUCAUUAACUAAAGAUUCUAUACAAUCUAAAAAUCACACCAAUUUUAUUCCCAAUAACCAUUCAACAGUAUUUUCAUCUAAAUUAAAAGAAACACCGGUAACAUCAAAAUCAAAUGAUAUACUUGAUAAUCGUCUUAAUCAAUUAGAUGAUUCUACAAAAGAAUUAUUAUCAUAUUAUCGUCAUAAAGUGGAAACAUUAACUGAAGAUCAUGAAACUGUUCAACGUCGUUUAGAUAAAAUUUAUGAUGCUAUAGGAAAUCAAGAAUCACUUAGUUUAGAAUUAAAUCAACGUGAUGCUGAAAUUUCAGAAUUACAAAGAGCAUUAUCUGAUAUGCAGGUUUAUCUUUUUCAAGAACGCGAACAUGUUUUACGUUUGUAUGCCGAAAAUGACCGUUUAAAGAUUCGUGAGUUAGAUGAUCGACGUAAAAUACAACAUUUAUUACAAUUAUCCAAUUUAGGACCAAAUGAAAUCACUUAUUUUUUAAAACAGCCUAACAUUGAAUCACAAAAUGUAGUUAAUCAAGAAACAGUUGAUAAUGAAAAUGGUGAACAUUUCAUUGAUGGCGAGAAUAGAAAAGCGGACAGAAACACAGCAUGGAUUUCAGCUAUGGCUGUUAAACCGAUCAUUCCAACAGCUCCUUCUCAGGGUGUUAUGGAAUUUACUGCAUCAGGAAAAACAAUUUUAAAACCAAGCGGAAGUCAAAUUAAAUCGGACCAUAAAGUUUGUUCUGAUCCAUCAGAAUCGUCUAAAUCAGAUACAGUUUCUCGAAUAGAACAUGAAGCUGUGCUAAGAGAACUUGAAAUGUCAAAAUCUUCUCUAAGAGCAUUACAAACCCAAUUGGAAGAACAAACACGCAAUGCUCGUGAACAAAUUGAUUCAUUAAUGGAAGAUCGUAAAGCAAUACAGGAAGAGAUGAACAGUUUACGUAAACGUCACGAGGAAAAAAUACGCAUUUCAUCAGAACAGCUUAGACACUGUCAAGGAUUAUUAUAUGACAGCACUAAGGAAUUUCUAGCACAAAGAAAUCAAUUUCGUCAAGCUGAAAAGGUUUGGAUAUUGGAAAAAGAUAAACUUUUAAGUCAAAUCAGUGUUAAAAAAUUGACUUCUAGUGUUACUCCAUCAACACUGUCUACUUUAAAAACUGGUGAACGUAAUACUUGUUAUUCACCUCGAGACAAAAUAAACAAUACUCUAACAACUAUCAAUACUACUAAUUUAUUUAAUAAUAUUCAAAGUUUAGAAGCUCAUGCAUGGAUUGAAUUCAAUCAACAAAAACAAAUUCAAUUAGAGAAAACAAUCGACAAUUUAGAGCAUCAAUUAGAUCAACUACAGAAAUUAUCAGAUAUGUAUAGAGAUCAAGUUAUUCAAUUAGAAGAGGAAUUAGUUCGUGCACGUGAAGAAGGUGUCAUGUCAAAGGAUGUAUUUAAAGAUCAAGCACAAAAACUUCAUGAACGUGUUCAAGUUAUGUCACAACGUUAUCAGAAUUUAGAACGUAGACGUCAAUUAGAAAUGGAAGGUUACCGAACAGAUAUUAGUGUGUUGCGUAAAAAAUUAAAAGAGGUUGAACGACAACUAUUAAAGUUAACUCUUGGUUUAACCGAUGGGAUCAAUUUACCUGAAUCACCUAAUAUUAACGAUCAUAAAGAUAUUGAUUUGACUCUAUUAAAACAAGUUAAAGCUUCAACAACACGAUCUAACCAAAUAUUGAAUGAAUUGAAAAGUCUUAAAUUAAAAAUGUAUUCAUUAGAGGAUGAAUUACGCAAAAUUUAAUAAUGCGUCCGGUGAAAGAAAGCCGUCGUUGGCUAGUAACCCUGUCGACAAACAUAUCCAUAUUUGUUAUAUAUUUUUAAAUAGACAAUUUCUAUUGUAAAUUACGUCAUCACUGGUUCCCACUAUAAUAUUGUGUUAAUAUACAUUGCUUUUUUAUUGGUAUCUGGUCUACACAAAUUUACAACUAUAUAUAUAUUCUUAUUGUUGUCAUUACUAUUUCUCUUUCAUUCUUCACCUUUUUAUACAUAAUUCUUUAUUUUGCCGACUGUAAUGUAAUCACAUAAUUUAUGAAUAAAAAUCGUUUACUUUAUCGGAUUUAAUUCAACAUUAUUGCUGUUCGAUUGACAACAAGUACAUCACUGUUUAGCUUUUAUUGUUUUCACUUGUUUGUUUCCUUUUUUUAAAAACAAACUUUUUGCUUUCGAUCCCGCGAGUGGGAUCGUGGAUGCGCACUGCCGAGGAGUCCCACAAUAGGACAAAACGGCCGUCCAGUGCUUCCAGGUUUUCAAUUAUGGUGGUCUAACAUCAAUCGGUUCACGAUCUCAAUCAAAAACUUAACAAUCUCCACAACCCCUAUACUGAUAAUAACUUAUUAUGUAUGUCAAAUAGAAACGUAAUCAAAACUUCAAAUAAUUAAAAUAACACAUUGUGUCAUUGAAUAAAAUGAAGAGAAUUCAGCGAAG